AUGCUCGGCGUCCACGGCACUAUCACCGAUCCCAGCGGCAUGCUGGCGAGCCGACCGGUUCCAGGGCCGCAGCGAGUGCUUAUGACGGGCGGGAGGCUAACGGUCGUUGUCGGCGCCAUGGUGGAGGUGAACGUGUAUGCGACUGUGGAGAUUCCGUUGCAGGACAGGAACGCUUCCAUCCUGCUGCUGGAGGAGCCGGGGAUUCCUAAUGGCGCGUCACUCUCAGAGCAGAGAUGCUUGCGGCAAGACGGAGUCUGCAACCCCGUGACGAGGAGGUUCCGCUGGGAGCCGAGGAGCGACCAGGUGGGGACAUACCGGACAUGCUUCCUUGCGAGUCUGGAGGAGGAGGCAGCUUGCGAGAGGGAGAGCGGAUGCUUCGAGCUCGUUGUCGAGCCUCCCGAUAUCUCCUUCCUUCCCGUCGCUUCAGGGGUUGCGACUGCCAUGGCCAACGUCGGAUGCCUGUACCGUGCUUGCUUUAGAGCUAAGGAUGUCAAGGACCUCUACUCCGUCGACAUUUCCUUCUCCUUCAGCAACCUUUCCUUCACGGAGGACGGGACUUGCUCCAGCGACCUUUCCGACCCGUCCAGCUCCUCGCUCUCUCCCCUCUUCGCUGCCAGCACCGGCACGGCAGUCUUCGCUCCUCCUCCCUGCGAGAGAUGCGUGUCCUGGAGGCCACAGCAGGGGCAGGAAGGGAGCGUCUUCGAGCUCUGCUCGCAUGCCCAGGACAAGUCCAGUACGCGGUCAGUGUCGAGCUGCGUGAAGGUGGAGGUGGAGAAGUGCGUUGUGUGUUUGCGGGAGGGAGAAAGUCUCUUCCUGCUAGCGCGGAGGAGCGGUAUGGAAGCGCAAUGGCGGCACAUAUGGAACGCCAACGCAGCCCGGCUCUUCCCCGUCCUCUCGGAUCCGAACGUGAUAGUGGAGGAGGAGCUGGCAGUGCGAGUGGGGUCGUCGUACAGGAUGAAGGAGCAGGAGACGGUUGAAAGUCUCGCAAUGAAGUUCAGGACGACAGUGAAGACGCUGAUGAUGUUCAACCCUGAGAUGAAGGAGACGACGAGAUGGGUGAAGGAUGCAAUUGUUUGUGUGAUCCCAUGCUCAGGAAGCUUCUCAGCGUCUUGA